UAUAAUUCACCUCUGAAAAGUAAAAAAAUGGAGGGUAGCCCAGACCUAGAAAUACAAUCUUACAAUCUCCUUCCUUAAUACUCUGAAUUUUGGACAUUGAGCUUUUAAUUGAACUGCAACGUAUUUCUGUACUUCAAACAAAUAGGCUCCGUGAACUUUGAAAACCCUAACCUUUUGUGCGUAUCUAUCUCUCCAACAGAGCGCGCGAAUUUGCUACCUGCUACAGCAAAGAAUGGCUCUAGAAAUAGAAGCUCGAGAUGUUAUCAAGAUUGUGCUUCAAUUCUGCAAAGAAAAUUCACUGCACCAAACAUUCCAGACAUUGCAGAACGAGUGCCAAGUCUCGCUCAAUACAGUAGAUAGUAUUGAGACAUUUGUUGCUGAUAUCAAUAGUGGAAGAUGGGAUGCCAUAUUGCCUCAAGUGGCUCAACUUAAGCUUCCUAGGAAUAAAUUGGAGGACUUAUAUGAACAGAUUGUAUUAGAAAUGAUAGAACUUCGAGAGUUGGACACUGCACGUGCCAUUUUAAGACAAACUCAGGCAAUGGGUGUCAUGAAGCAGGAGCAACCUGAGAGAUACUUGCGACUUGAGCAUCUCCUAGUUAGAACUUAUUUUGAUCCAAAUGAGGCUUAUCAGGAUUCAACAAAGGAGAAACGCCGUGCACAGAUCGCCCAAGCUCUUGCCACGGAAGUUAGUGUUGUUCCGCCUUCUCGAUUAAUGGCUCUAAUUGGUCAGGCUUUAAAAUGGCAGCAACACCAAGGGUUGCUCCCACCGGGAACACAAUUCGAUUUAUUCCGAGGAACAGCUGCUAUGAAACAGGAUGUGGAGGACAUGUAUCCAACAACCCUUGCACACACUAUUAAGUUUGGAACAAAAAGUCACGCUGAAUGUGCUCGGUUCUCACCAGAUGGGCAGUUCCUUGUUUCGUGCUCUGUUGAUGGGUUUAUUGAGGUCUGGGAUUACCUAACUGGAAAGCUGAAGAAAGAUCUUCAGUACCAGGCUGAUGAAACUUUUAUGAUGCAUGAUGAUCCUGUCCUAUGUGUUGAUUUUAGCCGAGAUUCUGAGAUGAUUGCCUCUGGUUCCCAAGAUGGGAAGAUCAAAGUCUGGCGGAUAAGGACUGGUCAGUGCUUGCGCCGUCUUGAGCGUGCUCAUUCUCAAGGAGUCACUAGUGUUACCUUCUCUCGUGAUGGAAGCCAGCUGCUAAGUACAUCCUUUGACAACACAGCCAGAAUACAUGGCCUAAAAUCCGGGAAGUUGUUAAAAGAAUUCCGCGGCCAUACCUCUUAUGUGAAUGAUGCCAUCUUUACAAGUGAUGGAACUCGUGUUAUCACUGCAUCCAGUGAUUGCACAGUCAAGGUUUGGGAUGUGAAGAGUACAGAGUGUAUACAUACAUUUAGGCCACCACCUCCAUUAAGGGGGGGUGAUGCUUCUGUGAACUCUGUUCAUCUUUUCCCUAAAAACACAGAUCACAUUAUUGUCUGUAAUAAGACAUCCUCGAUUUGCAUCAUGACACUUCAAGGACAGGUCGUGAAGAGUUUUUCAUCUGGUAAAAGAGAAGGUGGAGAUUUUGCUGCGGCAUGUGUAUCACCAAAAGGUGAAUGGAUAUACUGUGUUGGUGAAGACAGGAAUAUGUACUGCUUCAGCCAGCAGUCUGGUAAACUGGAGCAUCUAAUGAAGGUUCAUGAGAAGGAUGUAAUUGGCGUAACUCAUCAUCCCCAUCGGAAUCUUGUUGCUACAUACAGUGAAGACUCAACAAUGAAGUUAUGGAAGCCUUGAAUUGCCAUUGUGCUGGUCAUAUUUAUAUUUUCUCCAUACCAUUUUGCCUGCUUUGGCCCCCUGCCCUCAUCUACCUUGAAACAAAAUAAUUUUGAGUCAACUGUUAUUUUAUUAUUUGCCUGGUAAAUUGUAGAGAGUCUUCAAAAUGAUUGUGCACUUGCCUGUAUCAUUCUUAAUUAGAAGGAGCCAGAUCUUUGUAGCUGUAGCCAACCAGCCAUCAAUUUGCAAUCCAUUUUCUUGUACAGGCAACUAAUUGAAGUUUCUUUUCUUACA